ACUGAGGAGCGGCUGCUGCGCCUCUGCCCAGGUUUCCGCCUGACAAGUUGCACGAUUGCACUCGAUUACCCAGAACAGUAUGGAAAGAUCAGGAUAAGGACCUGAUGAUUUUCUUUUCCCCCCAGCUCUCCUCUGUCCUGUGUCCUCUACCUCCGUCUGUGUGUCGUGUGAGGAGCGCGGGCUGAGAGGGAAACACUGCAGCUUCAUGGCACUAAGCUAUGAUUCACUCUCUUGCAGCAGCAAUGAGCAACCAACUUCAAAACACCUCCUCUCUGAACACAGUCGGCGUGUGGAAUUUCCAGGACGCACGCAACUCGUCACCUGUGCACACUGCAGACCUGCAGCCGCUUACCGUUAGCCCUUGGGACAUUGCGCUGUGUGUGACUGGGACACUCAUUUCCUGCGAGAAUGCGAUUGUGAUCGCCAUCCUGUUCUACACGCCCACCUUGCGGGCGCCCAUGUUCGUCCUGAUAGGGAGCCUCGCUUUGGCGGACCUGCUUGCAGGCCUCGGCUUGAUUCUAAACUUUAUCUUCAUCUACAUGUUCAACACAGAGUUUGUGACGCUGGUGUCAGUCGGGCUGCUCAUUGCUGCGUUCUCUGCCUCUGUACUCAACAUCCUGGCUAUCACCGUGGACCGCUACCUGUCUCUGUACAACGCACUGACCUACAACACGGAACGCACAGUGACUUUCACCUACGUGAUGGUGGUGUUCAUCUGGCUGGUGUGCAUCACGCUUGGUCUGCUGCCUGUGCUCGGUUGGAACUGUCUCCAGGAUGAGGCUCACUGCAGCAUUUGUCGCCCGGUCACCAAGAACAAUGCCGUGGUCCUUGCAGUGACUUUCCUGCUCGUGUUCGCGCUCAUGAUGCAGCUGUACCUGCAGAUCUGUAAGAUUGCCUUCCGUCAUGCGCAGCAGAUUGCCGUGCAGCACCAGUUCAUGGCUAUUUCCACCACUAAAGGGGUCUCUACACUUUCUGCCAUUCUGUGCACUUUCGCCGCAUGCUGGAUGCCCUUCGCCAUGUAUUCAAUUGUGGCAGAUUCUAGCUACCCAAUGAUCUACACAUAUGCCACAGUACUGCCAGCGACAUGUAACUCGGUCAUAAACCCAAUCAUUUACGCCUUCAGAAACCCAGACAUUCAGAAAUCCCUGUGGCUAGCCUGCUGCGGAUGUGUCCCAGCCAAUUUCUCCCAACGGCCAAGGACAUCAAGUGACGUAUAGGUCAGAUAACAUAUGAUUAUAUGAGCUUUCACUUUCAUAGUUGGUGAUGGAAUUUGUCCACCCCCCCCAACAACCACCAAAACAAAAAAAAAGAACAAGAAAAACACAGAAAACAAAAAGUACAUAUUUGAUCAUGCUAUAUGGUUACUGAGGUAAAAUAUCUCAAAGCUCUUUACUACUUGUGGGGAUCAGUGUCUACUGUAGUAUAAAGCAAUGUUUUUGGUGCGGUGAAUUUCAUCAUAUCUAGCCAACAGGCAACAAAUGUGCACAAUACUAAUAGAAAAGCAGAAUAGCUAAGGUUCAAUGAAAAGACAAAUCCUUUGUAUCGUAAAUCAAAGGCCUAAAUUCUGGCAACCUAAACAUACACACACCUAGCCAUAUAUAUCAAUCAAAAAUGGUGCAAAGGAAAUUAGUCUGCUUCUGAAUGUCUUUCUUUAUUAGUUGACAUCAGAGCUGGUCACUGUGCCUUCAAAUGGCCUUCAUAUAUAGAAUAGCUUCAUGGAGACAUGAAAGGCUCUAGAAAUGAAAGAAACUGGCAUUUGACCAACUUUGCAACUGUCUUGACAAAAAUUUAAUAUUUGCCUGUUAACCUUGGUUGUCGGUCUAGAAUCCAUGGAAAUGUCUUGGUAUGAUAUAGUAUAAACAUACUGCCAUAGAUGCAGUACAUUUAUGUGCACUGCCUUCAGCACCAUGGACAGCAGCCAGUGCACUGACCAGGCCAUUCCUGAAGCCCCACGUUCCUUUAUAACGUAGGAAUGACGUUAGGAAAACAAAAAAAGCUCACUGAGCAAAAUCCACAGGCACUUUGCAAUCUCUCUUUAGUCCAGUUUAUUUUAUAACUUUAUUAGGUACAGAUAAAGACAGGGCAGGUUGAGCUACAUCCUCAAGGUUUCUCAGGAUAGUUAAUGGUUCUUUAAGUCCAACUUACACUUUUACAUUUACACUUUACUCAUUCGGCUGAUGCUUUUAUCUAAAGUAUCUUAAAAUAAGGCCAGGAUACAACUGAGCAGUUGAGGGUUAAGGGUCUUGCUCAAGAACCCAACAAUGGCAGCUCAGUAGUGCUGGGAUUGGAACUCACAACCAGCCGAUCAGUAGCCCGAAGCCUUAACCACUGAGCCAUGAUGUCCCUGAUGUAGAACCCUGUCUGAAAAGGGAAAGUGUAUGCUGCAGUGUUUUACAUGACAGUCUGAGGAACACUUAAAGUUUCUAGACUUAAUCUAUUUUCCAAGAGUGCAGAGCAUGAUACUGAAUAAAAUGUUUAACUGCAAAUUGGAUAAACCCUAGUAGAUACCGUCAGAGUAGAAUUAAUAAGCUACUUCAUUCAGCUCAAUAUUAUUUCUAGAAUUGGAAUUGAAAAGUGGUCUUAAAUUAGAUUAGACAAAACCAUGCAAAGACCUUCUCUUGUUCCCCAGUCUAAUCCAAACUGACACAAAAGUCACAAGUAUUAUAAUGAACAAAGUUAUUGGAUUUCUGUUCAACUGUAAGAAGCUACACACACUAAAACCUGCCCUGUCUUUUUAACCUAAACAUUUUAUAGUAAUUGGCUUCUGCUUAUGAGUUUAAAAUUAUGCCUUGAAUUUGACACCCAGAUUACAUUCUGCACUUACAGUGUAACACCAGACACCAGGUGUAGAUCGUCAACAAAUGAGACAACUUUCCUAUGAAACCAUGGAAACUCUGAUAUGCACAAAACAUGAACAUAAUGUAGAUAUAAAUAUAUUAAUAGCUUAUAUCCGUAUCAGGUAACUGGGGCAGCAGGCACUGGACUGAAUGUUCUUGAAUUGAGGUUAAUGAAAAUGGACCAUGUGCUGUCGUUCAAAACUGCGGCUGUGUCUUAAAUCCACCCGUAAUUGCAUAUGUAGUAGACUAACUGGAGAUUCAGCCAUUUAAAAUGGUGUCCCAUGUAAAAAAAAAAUAAAAAAUCUAGGGCGCUGGAACAUUCGUCCCCUCAAGCGUCACAUGCCCUUCAAAAUAUAUGGGACUAACAGCUGCGCUAACCAAUCCCAGAUUACACUACUGAAAAUAAGAAAAAAAAAAUUAAGAUGGUGGUGGAGUCACAAACCGUUCUAAGAGUCAUUCAUAUGUAUAAAUUAUUAAUAGAACAUACACAUUUGUAUUGUGCAUUUUAACUUUUGAUGUUUUUUUUUCAAAUAGUGAUGUGUACACUUUGUUGUCAACCAAUUGCAUGGAAAUAGGUGUAACAACAUUUCAUUCUGGAAAGACUGGGGGGGAAAAAAGCCGUAAUCCUUUCCCUUGUCUAAAAUGUAUGAUCUUGUUCUGGGCCUUAUUUCAUUAUUAACUGCAAUAAUCUAUCAAUGUGCGCUGUCCAUUGAUAAUGCUAAUCUCAAGGAGGCCAUCGACAGAGCUAAUUCAACAUAGAACUGACAAUGAACAGAGCUCAUUUAACCUUGAGCAGAGCUAAUUUAACCUUGAACUGAACUUACCUAGAGCUAAUUUAACCUUGAACUGAACUUACCUAGAGCUAAUUUAACCUUGAACUGAACUUACCUAGAGCUAAUUUAACCUUGAACUGAACUUACCUAGAGCUAAUUUAACCUUGACACUUGAACACGCCAAAUAGGUCAGAGAACAAGUUCUGCUCGUAAAAUCAGAAAGUUUAGGGGUCUGAAGUUUGGUGGAGGCCCUGAACACACACACACACACACACACACACACACACACACACACACACACACACACUGACUAACCUCAGCCACAUUAGUGACCUACACUUUAUCUGAUGGACUUUAUUUUGGAGCUGUCCUACAGUCUGAACACUCAGAAAAGAUGCUCCAUUUGAUUUUUUUUUAAAGUGUGUGUAUGAGAGCUAGAAAAAGAGCUAAUUGUGUGUUUAUAUCACUCACUUGUAUCUUGAGAGGGCAUCAGUGGCCAAUCACGUGUGCCCGCUUCAAAUCUUAAUGUUUUGAUGCCAGUCUGUAUUGUUAGGUAUCAUAUUUCCACAGAACUAUACUCAAUGGCACGCCAUAGAUUCCGUUUCUUCAGGGGCACUAGGGUUAUUUUUCAUAUGCAAUGCUGUAUAGAUACAUUCUAUUUUUAUACACAUCAGGGCAUGUGUUUUACAACAUGGUGGUGUCAAUGUGUGUGUGUGUGUGUAUAUGUAUAUAAUAUCCGUAUUCUUGUAAGUGGUUUCUUAAAAAACAAGCAAAAUGAGUGUUGCUGAUGCAAAAAGUGCCAUAAUUUUAGUAGUGUCUUACUUACUUACUUAUUGAUUUCAUGUUAUUGUGAGAAAAGAAGACAAACAAGGAUUAUAAUUUCUAUCAUCACCUCAGUUAGAGACUAUGUAGAACUUAACAUAAUGGAGAAGCUUCACCAGUAUUGUAGUAAUUUGUAAAUAUACAGUGGGGUCCAAACGUCUGAAACCACAUUGAAAGUCUGGGAUUUUUUUUUUUAUUUAAAAUUGGAAAUAAACAGAUUUUAGACUUUUGAAAUAUUUAAAAAAAAAAACCAAGAAAGUAAAUGUUCAAUAUCUUGAAUAGUUAAUAUUCAAGAUUCUGCACUAUUUCUAGGUCCCUAUUUAAAUGUAAGCAAAUGUGUGAUAUUUACAAUGUUAACUGCUUCGUACAAAAGGUCAGAUUUUCCUCAUGCCUAAUCUUCUACUGAAGCAUGUGUUCAGACAACACUCCGAAGGAUUUGAUCUAAAAUGGAUCAUAAGGUUUUGCACAAACUUGUGGAGUCCAUGCCAGCUCGAGUGCACACUGUCAUUAAAGCAACAAGCAACAAUACCAAAUACUAAGAAACUCUGAAAUUCAUGUAAAAAAAUUCAUUUGAAAGAUUCUACUUUUCACUCAAGUUGUUAAGUUUUCAAGAUGAAAAUUGUUGUAUUAGAUUAGUAAAGAAUGCAAAAUAGAAGCAUUUUCACUAGUUCUCUCAGACUUUUGGACCUCACUGUAUGUGGUACAAACUUCAAUUUCCUGGUAAUUCUUUUCUUCUUAAUACCUAGAACUAUCAUGCAUUUAAAAUUCUCUUGCAAUUUGGUACACUCUUAGAAAAAAGAGUUCUUGAAAGGUUAAUUGGGAUCUACAUAGAGCCAGUAAACAUCCCACACAGACCAGGAAACUAACUUUUGGGUUGUAGAGAUAUUAGAGAUAUUGGCAAUUUAAUCAUUUUUUGGUCAAAUUGCCUCUAACUGUUAAAGUAAGAUUCUUGGCCAUGUUGAGUGAUGAAAACUACCAAACUCUGUAGUAACAGGUAGACGUCAGGCCAAUUAUCCCUUUAUAAGAAUGUAAGUCUUAAUAUAUGACCCAAGAUUUUAAAGACUUGCUCAACUCACUCAACUGUGAUCAUCUUCCUUCAGAUUCCCAUCAAUCCCGAUUCAUUUAUCAGUGCAGUACCAAAUUUCAGAAUUUUACACUUAAACUGCAAAAUUGUCAUCAUUUUAAUUAAUUUCUAUAAUGGAUGGUUUGUUAACUCUGUGACAGUCACUGUAUUUGGAACCAUUAAUGUUUUCUCAUUAGUAGUGGGUGGUCCCAUGUAUCCGCAUUCUGAUUUAAUAGAUCAAGACACCCUCGGGAAACUGGGAAUAGCCUUUGUGCAUGGUUUGGCCGCCUUCUUUCCACAUGGUGUCCUACUGGCUCCAUCUCUCACUCUGGAGUGUCCUCUCUGAGUCAGACAGUGGACAGAUGGAUGUCCACCUCCUGCCACCUGCUCAGCACUGACCUGUCUAAUCACUGCUAGAUAGCAUUACAAUCUCACAAGGAGGUGUAAAUUUGAGGCACUACAGUCUAUCCUAAAGACGGAGGGGGGCAGGGAAAGAAAUAGCAAGAGUUUUGUAUGCCUCAGACUUGUGGUUUGUGGUCCGCCUGGAUGACGCUGCUGCCUGCAUUUCCAAACAGGAAGAGAGGACGUUUGAAUGACAGCGCCCAACCACACGGAUGCUUUAUUACACCUAAAUCUGGCCUUCCUAAAAAUAGUGUCUAAAAAUGUGAGGCGCGAAAUGUUAAAUUUAUCCCAGAGCACUUGAAAUCCCUUUUCUGGGCCAUUAAGCAGAGCUCAUCUUCUUUCUUCAGAGAGUGACAUUAGAGGAAGAAGACUUCCAGAAAGAGUGAAUCAUUAGUCUACUAGAAAUAAACAUAGAUCUAAUGUGACUAUUACUUCCAUAGAUACGCACAUUAGUCCUGUCAGCGACUGAUGUCCAUUUAUAGCCAGCAACCUUUUCUUUUCACUCUUCCACAUGCAUGGGGUGAAAAUGGAAACCUUGUGAAGGCAAAAAUAUCAGCACAAAUCAUGGGUCCAUUCUGGAUGGAAAUUGUAUGUCUUACAGGAUAAACAAGUGGCCGGUUGUGAACGAUCACUGGUUUAAACAAUACUGUGAUGUAAAUGAUCAGUAAGUGUCUGUAUUAUUUUUGUUUGUUUUUCUCUUUGUAUUGUGAAUUCAAAUCUGAUGACAAGUAUGAUGCACUUUAUGAGCGGGACAUGCUCCACAUUGCACUGUACAUGUGGAAUGUAUCCCCGAAUGAAAAUGAUUUAUUUUUUAAUACUGUACAUAUAUGAUGAAGAAAAAAAAGUACAUGAAGAAAAUACUUUGUGAAAUAAAACACAA